AUGGAAUCCAGAAUGAUGGAUGCUGAAGACCACUCAUGCCAGAAUAAUUUGAGAAUCCGCAGGGUCACUGAGACUGUAUCGAUGGCGGAGCUCCCGACUUAUAUCCAUGGCCUACUUAAAACACUGGCGCCUGAAGCACCACCUGACAUGCUCCUGCUGGACCGGGUACACCAAGUCCCUAAGCCGGCAUUCCUAGCAGCAACGGUGGCCAGGGAUGUGCUCUUACGAGCACAUUAUUAUCAUAUAAAGGAAAUGAUCCUACGGAACAGCAAACUUGGGACAGACAUGCUGACUGAGUACACAAAUGUAAAAAUCUUCACCGACAUGUCAGUGGCCACGAUGCGGAGAUGCUGCUCCUUCCAACCGCCAUUGCGGCACUUAAGGCGAACGACAUGA